AUGUCACUCAAGGCAAUCUCCUCCAAAGAUGCAGCCUCUCUUGAUCAGGACCUCAUGGAAAUGGGUGGCUGGUCCCUCGAUCAACUGAUGGAACUGGCCGGUCUUUCUGUUUCGCAAGCAGUAUACCGUGUCCACCCUCCGUCUGCCGGAAGGAACAUCCUCGUCAUCUGCGGCCCAGGAAAUAAUGGAGGCGACGGCCUCGUCGCAGCCCGCCACCUCUCCCAAUACGGCUACACCCCAUCAAUCUACUACCCCAAGCCCGGCAAGAAGGACCUCUACACCCGCCUGCAAACGCAACUUCGCGCGCUCUUCGUCCCCAUCCUCACCAACGAUACAGAAUUCACAUCCGCCCUCAAGGGCACAUCCCUAAUAGUCGACGCGAUCUUCGGCUUCUCGUUCGGCGGCCCGCUCCGCGACCCGUUUCCGGAGAUCAUAUCGCAGAUGGAGAAAGCCAAGGUGCCUGUGCUCGCGGUCGAUGCGCCGAGUAGCUGGGAUGUGGAGAGUGGGCCGCCGAAGGAGGGGCCGGGGAGUGGGUUUAUGCCCGAGUAUCUGAUUAGUUUGACGGCGCCGAAGCCCUGCGUGAGGUUCUAUCGAGGUAGGCAUUUUGUGGGCGGGAGGUUCUUGACCAAGGAUGUUGCGGAGAAGUAUGGCUUGGAUUUGCCAAAGUAUCCGGGAAUUGAUCAGGUAUUGGAGGUUGGAGUUGAUGCUGAGGGAAGGCUUUAG